AAAUCAUGGGUCCUUCAGACACAACUCCAAGAGAUUUCUUGAAGACACACAAAUCGUUUGCUCAUUUGCAUAGAUGAAGAACAGAUCAAGUGAGUGCACUUCUCUGGAUUCACAGCAAGGGUCAACUUUCUAAUUUUCUAAGGUACAUCAUUUACAGAGAUACAGCUGGAUAAUGCAGUGCCGACUGAGAACGGCUCUGAUACUUGGAGCUACUAUUUUACUGAGCAGCCAUGCACAAAGGAAUGAGACAGAUUUUCAGAGCACAGCCAACUCUCUUGCUUCUACUGCAUCUAUUGCAACGACUAUACUUUUUAACAAAACUGAGAACAGCACAAAUUCAGAAGAACCUUUUAGCAAAGAUAUAACAGGAUAUAAAGAAGUUAAUACAAGCCUAAUCCUAAACACACCUACGCAAAAAGUGGUAUUGAACACUGUAACAGAAAGUUCCCCGAUGAUUAAUACUGUUACAAACAACCAUUGUGACAGCGCGAGGACAAGAAAUAUGGUUCAGAGCAAAGCAUGUAUCUGCAAUGCAGACAAAUACAAGACUGCCCUAAUAAUAUGUAUCAUCAUUAUAGCUGUACUUGUGCUUGUUUGUGCAAUUUUAAUCAUAAGCUCUGUGGUUUUGGCAAAUAAAGUAUCACGGCUUAAAACCAAAUUGACACAAUCAAAGCGCCAGGCAAGAAGCAAUGGGGACUUCCUGAGUGCUUCAAGCAUCUUGUGGCCUUCGGGUAUGGAAACAUGGCAGAAGAAAUCACAGACAGCCACUUUAAAAACUGAGGAGAUUUCUUUGAAUGAUACAAACACAAGUCAAGAUGAGAAAAACCAACCGAUGCUGAGUUCAACAGACAAUGCAAUGCAAUCCAAAGAAGACAAAAGUAUACGCCUUGACAAUGAGCAAAGCCUGCCUUCCAAUUAUGUUGUGGAAAUAUAACAUAUUUUUUCUGAAAAUAUUUAAAGGUUGCAUGGUAACGUGUUGACUUUGGUUCCUUUUCUUCUUGUUGUUUAUAAAACCACAUCCGUUUGUUAAAUAUAUGUUUAAAGAAAAAAAAAGACGACAAAAAAAAGUGCUUGUUCCUUGUGUGGUAAUUUCCCUGUAAACAUAUUUAUGUUGCAAAGCUGUUGCUUCAAAUGUAUGUCACCCCGGAGUAUUUUGUGAUCAGAGAGAUUUUUGGGUAAUAAGACGUGAACAUUUUGGAUUUAAAUCACACAAAUAUACAUGUGCCAUAAGGCUUUAGGUCAUCAUACACAGGCUAAUAUUAGUUGGUGACUUGGCCCCUCUAAAAUGUGCAGGUAUCAAACUCCCAUAGUGCAAGGGCUACAUUGGACUGUUCAUGCGGUUUUCUCAUACAGAGACAGAUUCUUGGCCUUGUUUUGAUCUGAACGUUGACCCCGUGUGCAAAUGAACAAGCCAAUCUGACACACUUGGGGUUUUUAUUUAUAUAGAAACCUGGGUAGACAUGGAUAAAUACAAAUACCUGUAUACAUAUUCCAUUAAUAACGGUUUUAGUCAUCUCGAUACCUUGUACACGGUUUAGUAUUCUGGUACCGAAGUGAUCCAGGUUUUCGAAAAGCACUUUUUAAAGUUCUAGGGCUGCAUUGCCUCUGCUUAUAUUAUUAUUAUCCCUUUAGCUAUACAAGCCAGCAGGAUUUUAGGUCAUUAAGCUUUUUAGUAUGAAGCUAAAGCUGGCACGAUCACUAAAUUAGUGGAUCUAGGCCAAAUUUGUCCACCCACUAGCAGGGACCAAUCAGGUUAAUCUAUUCCUUUGUCCUGGGACCUGUGAUAGGAUCACCCAUUGGGAAGGAUAGGAUAACUCCAAUAGAUAUCGGGUCGAUUUUAUAGCCUUCAAUCGAGUGCUGCUAGAUCUGAAUCCUUUUUCAUUCAUGUGAAUAGGAAAUGAUCAGGGGUGAAUGCUGUCCACUGCCACAAGUAAAAAAAAAAUAAAAAUGCUGCAUGUGUGACAGCCCUAAGUUAACAUAUCUAUUAAGUACUAUGUUUUAAAUAAUGUGCUGGCAAAUCAAUUCAUCUAAUUUUUUUCUCAAUACAGUGAAACCUCGAUUUUAAGUACCCUGAUUUUAAGUUUUCCCGCAUUUACAUAUUUUAUUUGUGGACACACUAGUUUGUAAUGCAUUUCAAUUUGUGCAUUUCCCUGAAUUUAAGUAAUGUUUUCUCUGCUUUUACAUCAAAAUUUGUCCUGAUGUACACAAAAA